ACAUAUAUACCGGAAUAGUAAAUUUUUCUUAUAGUUCCGAACAGUUUACAAACAUUUUAAUUUUUUUUCUCAUGAUAUAUUCCUUACUUAUAUUAAUUAGGCAACGACUCUGUUUGUAUCCGUAACACAUUCUGCAUAACCCUGAAGAAAGGAAAACUAUUUUAAUGAAUUUUUGAACACGACAAUGGCAGUGUUGCGGCGUCUGAUCUCCCGUCUGCUGAGGACAAGAAAUCUUCUUAUGUUCACAAUAAUAGUUAUAUUGCUUUAUAUAAUUAAAACACUUGGCAGUCUAGAAGCAUUCGAGACAAAAGCCAGUAAACUUAUAGAACAGUUACAAGAAAAUCAAGGGUUUGGCCAAGAGCAGAAUGAAUACUUUGUACCAACUAGUUUAAAGAAAAUAGACUGGCAUAAUUAUAAGCAGAUAGACUAUGAGAAGACACGCGAGGGAAUUGGAGAGCAAGGCAAACCAGCAAGUCUGCCCAAAGAAGAUGAGGAAUUGGAGAAGGAAUUGUACUCAGUGAACGGCUUCAAUGGGGCUCUGAGUGACAGGAUCCCGUUGAAUCGCUCAUUACCAGAUAUACGGCAUCCAGGCUGCAAGAAGAAACUGUAUAUAGAAUCCUUGCCGACUGUAAGCGUGGUGGUGCCAUUUCAUAACGAGCAUUGGAGCACAUUGUUAAGGACCGCUUACUCUGUGCUCUACAGAUCGCCGGAGUAUUUAAUAAAAGAGGUUUUUCUAGUCGACGAUGCUAGUACUAAAGAUUUUCUUAAGAAUGAUCUCGAAGAAUAUUUAGCUAAGAACAUGCCGAAAGUGAAGGUGAUUCGUUUGCCGGAGCGCAGUGGUUUGAUCAUAGCUCGACUGGCUGGCGCCAAACAAGCUACGGCCGAUGUCCUCAUAUUCCUAGACUCGCACACGGAGGCCAAUGUUAACUGGCUACCACCACUGCUAGAGCCGAUCGCGCUGAACUACCGCACGGUGGUGUGUCCGUUCAUCGACGUGGUGGCGUACGACUCGUUCCAGUACCGCGCACAGGACGAGGGCGCGCGCGGCGCCUUCGACUGGGAGUUCUUCUACAAGAGAUUGCCCGUGCUGCCCGGCGACGAGGCCAACAUGCCCGAGCCCUUCGCGAGUCCCGUAAUGGCGGGCGGGUUGUUUGCUAUAUCCCGUGCGUUCUUUUGGGAGCUUGGCGGGUAUGACCCCGGACUAGACAUUUGGGGCGGAGAACAGUACGAGCUCAGUUUCAAGAUCUGGCAAUGCGGUGGCACGAUGGUGGACGCGCCGUGUUCCCGGGUGGGGCACAUCUACCGGAAAUUCGCGCCGUUCCCCAAUCCCGGCCACGGGGACUUCGUCGGGAAGAACUACCGGCGUGUUGCCGAGGUCUGGAUGGACGAGUAUGCUGAGUAUUUGUACUCUCGCCGCCCACACUACCGGAGCAUCGAUCCCGGAGACCUCACGGAACAGAAGGCGCUCCGUGAGAAACUACACUGCAAGUCAUUCAAGUGGUUCAUAACACAGGUCGCAUUUGAUCUUACGUUCCGGUAUCCGCCUGUAGAACCCAGUCCAUUCGCCGAAGGGAAGAUAAAACCCGUGAAGGACCCCCAGUUGUGUGUGGAUGCUCAUCACGGAGAACAGUUGGAUAUACUGCAUCUGAAGAGUUGUUCUGAUGAUGCCUCCGCUGAGCAGCACUUCGUCUUUUCGUGGCAUAAGGAUGUUAAAACUAAAAAGCGGAACAUGUGCUGGGACCUUCCGAACUCAAAGCCCAAGAGUCCAAUUCUACUCUUCGGGUGUCACCUCUCUGGCGGCAACCAACUGUGGAGAUACCAUACCGAUACGAAACAUUUGACGCAAGGCCUCGGCGGCAACAACUGUUUAGACUGGGAUCCUUCAUCACGUGGCCUCUUCAUCAACAGUUGUGAUGACAGUGACACGCAGCAGUGGAACGUCGACAUCAUCCACAGUGACGUCAUGGAUACGUGGGACCGGGAGCGACCACGCAUCACAGGACCCCUGCCCGAUUACUGAGUGAGUCUUAUUACAAUGCCACUAGGUUGAAAUUGCCAUGACCGAAAACGAAAAGACAUUGGAGAUUAAUAACAAAAAUGAUGCUAAUAAAGACUUUGAAAGACUAAGUGUGAGCGAGAUGUAAGACAUAAUUUUAAUAUUCUAAAUUUGAAAAUAGGUUUUUUUUUGAUGUCAGUAGUUUUUAAAAGAUAAAUGGUAGAAUAGUAGAAUUUAUAUGCCAUUCAGAAACUAAACUUUUAGUUUUUAUGCCUAAUAGAGAUUGUAGCACUGUUUGAUAUAGAUUUUAUAGGAUUUAUGUAAUAUUAUGUAUACAUAAGAACUGACAAAACUA